UCCAUUUAAUACACAUUGCUUCUGUUUAUAGAUCAUUAGGUAGUUUGGAGCAAAGGCUCUCGUGUUUUUCCCACAUUUCUAUUUCCAUUUAUACACGUUCCUUCACUUGUUUUUUUAUAUAUAUUUUAGAUAAUAUAGCUGAAUUAGUUAUGUCUAGUGCUGUUAAACUUGGGCUUUAAAUAAUAAUCGGAUUGUUCAACCGCGUUUGGGAGGAAUCAAAUACGACGGUUGUCACGGUGUAUAGCAAUUUAGAAAUGAUGGUGGCAAGUGAGCUUCAUGGAUUUUCCAUGUCCCUCGGUUCAAAGAAGACAUCCUUCCACCGUGACAGGAAUCUCUAUUCCUCAUUCUCUGGCAGCAGAGUGAACUUGCUUCAUUCAAAGAAUGUACCAUCUGGAUUUCCUCCACGAAAAUUCUUUAGUGUUACACAGAAAAAUACAACCAGAAGAUUUUUGACUACUUCUACUCUUGCAGACGUUGCGAAUGAUUUUAUGGCCCUUCAAUCACCAAUACUUACAGGAAAAGAAGCCAACCCGAAGACUGUUGCAUCGAUCAUAUUAGGUGGUGGAGCUGGAACUCGUUUAUUUCCUCUUACUCAAAAAAGGGCUAAACCUGCUGUGCCAUUUGGAGGAUGCUAUAGGCUGGUGGACAUACCAAUGAGUAAUUGUAUUAACAGUGGAAUUAACAAAAUUUACGUCCUUACACAAUUUAAUUCCCAGUCCCUCAACCGCCACAUUGCUCGAACAUAUAAUUUGGGAGGUUGCAUUAACUUUGGAGGUGGUUUUGUUGAGGUGUUGGCAGCAACUCAAACACCCGGGGAAUCAGGAAAGAAGUGGUUUCAGGGUACAGCUGAUGCUGUUAGACAAUUUCUUUGGUUGUUUGAGGAUGCUGAUCAUAAAAAUAUAGAGAACAUUCUGAUAUUGUGUGGUGAUCAGCUCUAUCGAAUGGAUUACAUGGAAAUUGUGCAGAAGCACAUUAAUUCAUGUGCUGAUAUAUCUGUAUCUUGUCUCCCAGUGGAUGGCAGUCGGGCCUCUGAUUUUGGAUUAGUGAAGGUUGAUGAAAGAGGACAGAUACGCCAGUUUCUUGAAAAACCAAAAGGCGAAUUGUUAAGAUCUAUGCAUGUAGAUACGAGUAUUUUUGGACUAUCAGCUCAAGAAGCAAGGAAAUUUCCAUACAUUGCAUCAAUGGGUAUAUAUGUGUUUAAAAUAGAUGUUCUGCUAAAAGUUCUCAGGGGCUGUUAUCCUACUGCAAAUGAUUUUGGAUCUGAAGUCAUUCCAAUGGCUGCAAAAGAUUUUAAUGUCCAGGCAUGUCUUUUCAAUGGUUAUUGGGAAGAUAUUGGGACUAUAAAAUCUUUCUUUGAUGCGAACUUGGCUCUCAUGGACCAGCCGCCCAAGUUUCAAUUGUAUGAUCAGACCAAGCCUAUUUUUACGUGUCCUCGGUUCCUACCUCCAACUAAAAUGGAGAAGUGUGAGGUAAUUAACUCUUUGAUUUCAGAUGGCUGCUUUUUAAAAGAGUGCACAAUUGAACAUUCCAUUGUGGGAAUUCGCUCAAGACUUGAUUCUGGGGUGCAGAUAAAGGAUACCAUGAUAAUGGGUGCUGAUUAUUACCAAACGGAGGCUGAAAUAGCAUCUCUUUUAGCAGCGGGAAAUGUUCCAAUAGGCAUUGGGAAAAAUACCAAAAUUGUGAAUUGUAUAAUUGACAAAAACGCAAGAAUUGGAAACAAUGUAAUUAUUGCAAACAAAGACAAUGUGCAAGAGGCAGACAGAGCAUCAGAUGGGUUUUAUAUUCGAUCAGGAAUCACUGUCGUGUUAAAAGACUCUGUAAUUAACAAUGGUACAAUCAUUUAAUGAAGGGUGCAAGGUGGUCACAAAAUGCAGCAUCACUCAAAAUUUUCACUAAGAAUAAAUUUUACGGUCCUGGAAAAUAAGGGCUCAAGUAUCAAUUUUUGAAUCUUCAAUCAAGGGUACACAUUCAUUUGAUAGAACAUUUUUGUUGGCUCAUCGGGCUACAAAAUUGUGCGGCCAAUCAAAUUCUUUGUAUCGCUGCUGUUACAUGCCGAAACGGUCACAAAUUAGUUGAGAUUAUUUGCAAGAUUGAAUAUUACCUUUGGAAUAAGAGAAAUUUUGCCAUCAGUUGCAAGAAUAAAAGCAUAUA